AUGCGCUGCUGCUGUGCUCUCGCAGCCACAUGUAUUUGUUUAUUUGCUGUGCAGGGUGCGAUAGCACCAACACGAGCAUGCGCCCAAAGUGACUGGCGCUUUAGCUUCGGUGUUUGUCAUGAAGGCCUCCGACAUAUUUACCCAUACACACAGAGAUGCGACGAGACGAAGAGUCCUGUGAAGCCCUCGCCGCUUUUCAACGUGUCCUGUCAUAAAACCUGUCCUGCGGGAACACACUUGGCAGCAAAGCUCCUAAAUGGCCUGGUAGCGCUCGAUUGUGUGGACUGCAAACCCGGCCACUUCUCCUUGGGUGGCGGACUGUUGAUCUCCGGGCAGGCGGGAGAUUGGCAUCGCUCCUGGCCUCCUGGGCUCCGGAGCAGUUGCUCCUACCGACGCCUGGAUGGCUCUUGGCACACGGACGGCGCGAGCACUACUGGUCUAACGACUGGGGUUUGCCAGAUCCAGAUUCUGAGUCCUCCCACUGUUGCUGGGGCUUACUACAUCCGGGCAACACAUACGAAAAGCAAGGGAACAAGGUCCCCACUGGGUGUGGCUCUUUUCGUCCUGGCGCCGGGCGAUCGGCGCUUAUGCUACAGGAUCUCUGGAAACUUGCACCCACAGGCAGGCGGCUUCACAGGCCAGAGGCCUGGUGCAAGUCAAGCGGACACUGGCCGCCGCAGCCUGAAUUUCUGGUUGCUGGCAGCAGCAGGUGGUUGUUCUUACGAUCGAAAAGCGCAGGUGGCGGGCAUGGCCGGAGCACAGGGUGUGGUGCUCGCCCCUGCAGCUAUUUUGGACAUCGCUGCCGGUCCCCACGGGCCGCCAGAGCACACCCGACCGGGGGGAGACAACGUCUCCCGAACUGUGCCGAUCUAUGAGUUCCUGGAGAGUCAGGAUGCCCAAGUCCUCGCCGCAGCGCUGCGAGUGAGGCAGAAGGGAAGUGCAGAGAUGAUCCUCAACGACACAGCUGUGCAGUUGUGUUCAGAGACCGAACCUUCGGUCUCUCCCGAGAUCGGCACGCCGGGCAACGUCACGUACGGCUGCAAUGCUUGGAUGCCAGACGAGCUUGGCAACAGCAUCCACUCUGGCGACAAUCGCAACUUCAAUCGCAUGGUCUCUAGCUUGGAGCUCAGCGUGAACAUCGUGCGCAAGGAGGGCUAUGUAGUCUUCCGCUACCAAGUGGAUGCAGAGGAGGGCUACGAUGGCUUCAGCUUCGAAGUAGAUUGGAAGGAGGUCAACAGCUUAAAGGCUGCUAUCGGAACCUUGCCCCAGUUGCUGGAUGACCUGCGGAGCCACAACUUGCCUGAGAGUGCGAUCAGUGAUGCUGAACAGAACCUGAAAGUCGGGGUCAACUUGCUGGAAGCUAAUCUGCCUCGAAUUUGCUUCUUGGGAAAGACUGGGAGUGGCAAGACGUCGCUGAUGAAUGCUUUGCUCGACAAGACCCUGCUGCCUGCAGAGGACACUGGCAAGGAUGGGAUGUGCGACCACAGCAGAAGUUCCAAAGGGCAUAGACAACGUCCUGAAUCCCACCAGCUCUUUGAAUCGGAGUUCCAUUGGCUACCAGUGUUGCGUACUUUCGGCAAGGCUGUCACAAGCGCUGUGACCGAAGUCUUGCAUGAUCCGAGCAUCCUCGACGAAAGUGUCCUGAUCACUGUUAACGAAUGCAGCGUUGAUGAAUGGCGAGAAAAGAAGCGGAUGUUGGUGAAUGUCAUGCAAGGUGGGUACGCAGACGAUGCGGGGGUCGAUGUGGACGAUAUGCAAAAUGUUGCCGAGGCUGUCUUGAAAGCUGCAUGUCCCGAUGUGGCGCCGGAAGCUGUGCAGCUUGACACUCCAGAAGCACGAGAGUUCCUCCAACGAUUGGAAAACAGUUCGCAGAGGGCUCCUCAGCACUUCCAGUGCUCCGAAGAUGCAAGGAAGUUCCUGGUAGAUAGGGUCCAUCUUGCGAGCUCUGACGACUGGGUGCAGUCGGUGCUGACGUCGAGAGUCCUUAUCAGAGGUAACUUUCCGAAUAUUCCACAGGAUUGCAUCAUGGUGGAUCUCCCCGGGCUUGAGGACACCAACCUGUUGCGGUCUUCCGUGGCGGAAAGAUAUUUUGACCUCUACUGCAACCACGCCUGGUUCUGCCUGGCCAAGACCGAAAACAGGAUCGGCAGCAAUGCAGGUCUCUCACGGCAAAUCCGUGCACUUGCACGUGGUGGGAAUUUGGACAAGAUCCUUCUGGUGAGGACCAGAGCGGAUGAAGCCCCGAAGAAGGGAACUGAGAAGUUGGAGAGAGAGCACGAGGAGUUCAAGCGCCUUUGCCUCCAAGAGCUAAAGAAGCAAAGCUCUAGGGCCAGAUCAGGAGAAGGUGAGCCAGCUACUACUCGGAGACGGACAGGCCCGGACUCGGAAGUUGCCGGCGAGGCAUCGGCAUCCGCUUCCUCCUCUGCGCCGGCGGCGGCCAUGUCCUUCGCUGGUUAUGUCCAGGCCACAGCGGACCCAGGUUCGGAAGACAGACCAGCGGAAAUCCAGAUAGAAGCGGUCCUCGGCAAGCUUCAGCACAUCGGAGCCCAACAGGUCGAAAAGCUGAAAAGCCUCGUCUGCAACAUCUACGAUGCUCUCCAAUCCCUGGCCCGAGAGCGCUUUCAAGAAGAGCAGGAGCGCGAGGCCGAGCGGCAGGAGCGACAGCGCGAGAUGGAGCGGGAGGAAGCCCGGCGUGCCGACGAGCGACGCAGGCAACACCUGGAAGAACUGCGCCAGGUAAGGGAGCGCAGAGCCCAAGAAUUUCAGAGUCGCCGUGCAAACCUGGUGCUCAACUUCACACAAGCCCUACACGACUGCAAGCGCAUGGUGCAGGAGUUUCGCGAGGAGAUGGGGAGCUGCACUGGACUGACGGCAGUGGAGGCCGUUGUGCGCGAGCUGCAACGUGCGAAGCCACCGAAUGGGCAGACUCUUCGAGCGCUAAUCUCCGCAGGGGGCAUCUACACUUCGACAUCGCGUGGCUCCUUUGACCUGGUGGAGACCUUCUGCGGAGCACUCACCAUCCGAGGCACUGAGGAUUUUCUGCUGGCCUGGGCCACAGUUGUGGAGGAUUCAGAAAGGAAGCUGCGAGGUGUCCCAAACCUGCCGGCGGCCUUCAAUCAGGAACUCUCUCUGCGACUGACGGGCAUUCGCCAGCAGAUAAAUGCAAUGACCACAGCAGGUGGACCGAUUCGAAGCAUGUUGAGCAAUGCGCUCGUGUGGUUCGGAGGCAAAGGUGCGAGUGACUUUGCGAUCAUGUCUGCAGACGAUAAGUUGAAGAACUCUGUGAGACCAGCCCUUCGACGGAUCUCCCACAGCCUUUGUUCCUCCUUGGAGAGCGUCUUAAAUGGCCUUCAUGGUGAGCUCUCUCGACACCUUUUGAUGGGAGAGGCUCCCCCGUCUUCCCGGGUCGCUCCAGACCAGCCUACCUGCAUUAUUUGCCAGGAUGCUCCAGCUGUGGGGAACACCGCCACGGUAGUUCGCAGCCGUGCGCUGCUGAGUUUCUUGCUGCGCCUGUCGCUUUCACCUGUUCUGGGACGGGAGGCCAUGCCCUCGACAUCCUCACAGCGAAAUUGGACGGAUGUCCGCGUAAAUCUUACGAAGGGUGCCCACGUCCUCCGCUGGCAGUAUGCAAAGGACUACAGUGGUUACACGGGCAUGGACCGUGCACAACUGCAGCUCGUGCAAGUGGUGGGAACGCAAUACGCAGACUUGGAGUGCUUCCACUGCCACGGAUCUGGCAUGCACAGCAUCGGGGGCGCGGACCACUGCAAUGCCUGCCUGCGGAACCAGUACCUGUCGGCAGGCAGAUCCGCAAGCCUGGCCAGAUGCCAGCCAUGCCCCGCCGGCAAGUGGUCGGUACCCGGCAGCGUAUCUGCCGCCUCCUGUGUCACGGCCGAGAAGUGCACAAGCGAGUCUGUCAAGGUGGCGCUUUCACCUUGCCAGGGUGGCAGACAGCACCAAGUCAGGAGCUGGAUCCUGCCGGUGAUUUGUGAUGUGAACGACUCCUCGGCUGCCGCUUUGCUCCAGGGAGCGGCUGGAGAUCAGGAGUGUGUCCCUUGCGAGCCCAACACCUGGCGGCCAAGCAACGCCGCAUGCGUGCCUAAGACAAUCUCCUGCCCAGCGGGCCACUAUGCAGUCACUGAACUCGUCCUGAGUCGAUGGGCGGAGUGGCCGAAGAACCUGUCCCAGGAGGUCAUCGGCCCGCAUGAGGAAGUGGCGGGCAUCGCCGACGUCCCGGGCGGUUGGGCGCUGAACAACGGCAGCCUUCACAUGACCUCGGGAGUUGGCGGUAUCCACAUCACGGACAAGCUCGAAGCGAGAUUGCACUUGGACGUUCAGGUGACAUUGUCGCCUGGUCGAGUGAACUACACCAUCGAGCUCCCGAGCGCUGACAUGUGGGCAGACAUGAGAUUCCUGGUGGAUGGCGUGAUCAGCUCUAACAUCCCCGGCUUUCAUGUGGAACGGUUUACCAUGAGGGCGGAGCAUGUGACCCGCUUCCAGGUCACCGGGCCACUCUGGCCUGGGCGGCAUCGCCUCACGUGGAGUUGUAGCCACUCGCUGCUGGGAGCUGAUUUGCGGCGGGUGCGCCUGCUUCGUGUGGCCGUGCAGGGAGCUGCAGAUGCAGGUGCAUCUGAAUGUGCCCCUUGCCCAGCAGGACAGGAGGUGUCGCCGAAUGGAGCUAGCUGCCGCAGCUGUCCUCCUGGGCAUUUCCUUACGAAGGUGGCUUCCAGCACUCGCUGCACUGCAUGUCGUCCAGGAAAAUUCAGCGACACAUGGGCCGCCACGGACUGUCGCUUUUGUGGACCAGGCACCACCGCUGGUGUGGGCGCAAUCACUUGCGAUCCCCAGCCCAUCCUGCUGACGCGCGACUUUGCGGCAGCAGCAAAGGUCCUAACGCCUGGAGAAGUCGUCAUCAACGUCACUUCUGCGAUUCAGCGGUGGCGAGCGGCCACAGAGGGCGUGACUGGACCGCUGCUGGUGGGUGGCCGGAAGUUCUACAUCAGCCUGAUGAGACCGGCACCACCGCCCGGCGACGAGGGUGGCAUGGCGUACGUUUGGGAGCAGGACUGUGCUCCGGCGGACCACGGGGGCUCCAGCGCGGGGAGCCCAGGGCUAGAAGUCGAAAGUUGCCAGAAGAAGAGCUCCAAAGCAUGCAAGAAAGUUCAUCUUCAUCUUCAGGCAGUGGCUCUAGGAAGCAUGCGGGGAGUACGCUUCACAUGGAAGAAGGCAUUGUCAGGAUUUUCGCUCCUUCUUCGUUGCGACACGGCAGCGCGAAUGCCUGAGCCACCGGCUCGGAGCGAUGCGGCAGGUCGGAAGGGGUGA